UUAACCUUCUCUCUCCUCAUCUCCCAUCCAUCCUAUUCCUUGGCUUCCCAAGUUGCCAAGAACAAGAAGAAGCCUCUCCUUCUCCCUACCUCCCUCCAUCUGCACACAGCUCCUCGCCUCGCCUCGUCGUGCUUCUCCUUCCUUGCUUCUUCCCCACAAACUCACCAAGCCACACCACGCGCUCGCGCGCGCUCUGCAUCCCAGGAAGAAAGAGAGGCACCGCGCUGCCGCCGCCGCCGCCGCCCCCUCUCUCCCGCAGCCGUGACGUGGCUCCCCUCUCCCUGUGUCAUCCGUCCCCGCCCCUGGUUCUUGAUUCGCCUCGUGCCUCCCAAUCGCGCUCCAAGAUUCGCUCGCCGCGCGUGCGAGCGAGCCAUGCCGCCGUUGCGCGGGGCCAAGCGCCGCAGGAAAGCCGCGGCGGAGAAGAAGGCCACGGCAAUGGCCGCCGCCGCCGCCGCCGCGGCGGGUGCCGACGGCGGCGCGCCUGCCGACUGGUGGGAUGGCUUCUGCAUUCGGAUGGCAGGGACUUUAUCUUCUACCAAGGACGCACAAAGAUUUGAGUCUGUUUUCAAAAUGCCCAGAAGAACCUUCAACUAUGUCUGCAGCUUGGUGAAAGAUGAAAUGAUGGUGAGGUCCAGCAGCUACACCUUUCUUGAUGGGACGAUGCUGUCUUUAGAAGAUCGAGUGGCCGUAGCUCUGCGAAGGUUGAACUCUGGUGGAUCACUGGUGACUGUAGGAUCCUCUAUUGGCGUGAACCACUCGACCGUCUCGCUGAUAACUUGGAGGUUCAUUGAGGCUAUGGAGGAGCGAGGAAGCCACCACUUGCGCUGGCCAAGCUCUGGCGAAAUGGAGAAGAUCAAAUCCAAGUUUGAGAAGAUCUACGGUUUGCCAAACUGCUGUGGUGUUGUAGACACAACACACAUCACAAUGUGCCUUUCUUCAGCCGAGCCAAACUGCAAGGUCUGGCUCGACCAUGAGAAGAAUUACAGCAUGGUCUUGCAAGCCGUUGUCGAUCCGGAUACGAGGUUCACGGACAUCGUGACUGGAUGGCCUGGUAGCAUGAAAGAGUCGAGCAUUUUGCACAGCUCUGGCCUUUUCAAGUUGUGUGAGAAAGGUGAGCGGCUGAACGGCAGUAAGCUGAAGGUAUCAGAUGGAUCAGAAAUUGGGGAAUACAUAAUUGGCGACUCAGGGUACCCCCUUCUUCCCUGGCUCCUCCCCCCUUACCAAGAAAAGGACUUCACAGAGUUGAAAGCCGAGUUCAACAGGAGACACUCCGCAGCGAGAACAGUCGCUCCGAGGACAUUGGCAAAGUUCAAGGGCACAUGGAAGUUCCUGCAGGGGGAGAUGUGGCGCCCCGACAAGCAUAAGCUGCCUCGGAUAAUCCAUGUGUGCUGCUUGCUGCACAACAUAAUCAUAGACUUGCAGGAUGCAGCCAUGGAUGAGGCGCACACAUGGAGCGAGCACGACGUGAAUUACAGGCAGCAGGUGUGCCAGUUAGCAGAUGAAAAUGGCAUCAUGGUGAGGGACAAACUGUCCCAACACAUCUUGACCAGCAGAGUUGCGAGGGAGGAGGCGGACGAGGGUUGUCGCUCGUGACUAAUGAAACUCUAUGUAAUCCAAUCCUCUUAGAGCUGUUGCAAACAUGUCAAUUAAAUUGGGCUCCUUUGGUUUA